AUGACCUGCGUGUAUCCCGUAAGGGACCCCGACGCGGCACAGAAACCUUGCACUCUGCGAGACGUCUCUAACCGUCUGGAACGGCUGGAAAGCUUGCUAUCGCUAUUGGUUGAGAGGAGCGGGGCCUUUACGGGAUUUGAAGCCGAUGGUGGCAGUAUUCGCGGUCGCGGUCGUGCUGAGCCCGAGAUUACAAUCCAGCCUCGACCUAUUAGUGACAAUGCCAAUACUAUCAGAACUGGUCGGCAACAACCAUCCAAUCGACCUUUAGACAAAUCGACUUGGGAGCUGUUAAUGAACAAUACGAAUAUCGAACCACUGUUACAAGAAGAAAGAAGCAAGCUUACGCAACCUCCUGGCCCAGAACCAACACCCUCGCAGUCUCAAGCGAAUACAGCCUCGCAUCACAGACUUGCUACGCAGCUAGGCACCUCUGCUCCGCUAGACAGGGAUUCUGGUCUGCUGGAUGUCUAUCCCGAUGCCCAACUCGCCCUCCGAUUAUGGAAUGUGUACGUCAGGUCGGUCGAUCCGGUCCUCAAGAUCUUGCACAUACCAACGAUACAGUCUGCUGUUGUGGCCACGAUUCUGGACACCCGAUCCGCACAGCCCUCCAUGGUGGCACUGACAUUCGCCAUCUACUAUGCUGCCGUUACGGCGCUUUGUCACUACGAUUGCGACGAACCCGUUGAUUUGUCGUGGGAGAAGCCGGUCCUUCUUAAGCGCUACCAGAUAGCCUUGGACCGGCUUCUCGUGACGCCGGAUUUCAUGAAACGACCUGAUGUGACGGGCCUGCAGGCUCUUGCAAUUUAUGUGACUUGCUCGCGGGCAAAUGAACUUGGCCGGCCAGUAUGGGUCCUUAACGGACUCAUGAUCCGGCUCGCUCGGUCAAUUGGCUUACACCGAGACGGCGCCUCCCUAAAGCUGAGCCUCUUUGAGUCGGAGAUGCGUCUUCGCCUCUGGUGGCAUCUUUGUGUGCUGGAAUCGCGUGCUUCGGAGGACCAAGGAUUUCAGCCUGCAGUUGAUAUCACGAAUACGGGGCUGAGGCUGCCCUUGAAUGUGAACGACGACCAGAUCUAUCCGGACUUGACGCAUUUUCCAGAGGACAGCGUUCCCGAUGGUAUUCUUGAUAUCCGAGAAAACGGGAGGAGAAUCCACGAUCCAGCCCAAUACAUGACAGAGAAAUAUGGCAUCGUGCCCGGGUCGAAAUCUGUGACACCAGUUAAUCUGCCGCCCAUUGCCACGCAGCAUGUCACCACGGCCUGUGAAAAGAUGAAGUUUGUGCUGCAGCUGCGAAAGGAGAUUUCUCUAUCUAAGCAAAAAGAAGUGCAGGAUGACGAUGCAACACCAGACGCGCUCAAGCUCUCGUUCAAGCUGGCCUGCGACUGUUUGGAGAGUAGUCAUGUGCUGCUGAAGGAGGGCCUUGCGUCGCGGUUCACAUGGCUCUUCAGCAUGUACACGCAGUGGUACGCACUCGCCUACGUUCUGCGCUGCCUUUGCAGCAACCCGAGCCCUCGCGGGUUCGAGGCAGACCGUGCCUGGGUUCUGGUCGAGGAACUCUUCCCCCGCGGGCCGAAUCUCCAGGGCCAUCCGGCGGCAGUCCAUGACGAGCGCGGACAUGGUAGGAUAUGGAAGUUUCUCAAUCAGCUUCGACAUCAAGCGUGGUCGCUAAGACAGCAUGCCCAGACGUCUGCGGCCACCGCAAAUGUCGGGGCUCGGCCAUCUGGUGAUGAGAGAUAUUGGACUUGCCAGCGAUUUUCAGAUGCCGAAAUCCUCCCACCCAAAAUAGGCUCGGGGACAUCGAUCGUCCCCGAGUGGGUUUCUGAAUUCCCUGCUAGUUCCGACCAGAGCGUCUUUGCAUCUCUGGAUUUGUUGAUGCCAGAGAUUCCUUUUCUACCAGAUUGGAAUGCGGUUAUUAAUGGCCAGUAG